AUGGACCUGAACAGCCUUGCCCGACACGCCCGCCGCCUGUCAAGUGCAGGCUGGAUACCGCGUCUCCGGCUCGUCUACAUCUACGCCGUCGCAGUCGUGCUCGGCCUUUUUCUGUUCGUCGGCUUCGGUGGCGUCGGCCGUCUUCGCCGCAUACCGCGGAUCGCCAGCCCAACACUGCAUGGCACGUUGCAGCGGAACAGCGACCUCUCCCUCCCAGACGCGCCGUUUGUCGCCUGGCCCCUCGCCGGCCUCUGCCGCGAGACCAGCUGGACGCCCGGCCUCGUCUUUGCCUGCAGCAACAACUCGGGUGGCAUCGGCAACAUUCGCAACUUUGUCCUGACCUGUCUGCGCUACGCCCUUGCCGCCGGAGCCACGGGGCUUGUGCUGCCGGAGAUUCAGACGCGGUCGGAAGACAACCUGGCCCAGCUCUUUGGCGGCCGGCAGCCGUUUGGCUACUUUUUUGACGAGGCGCAUUUUCGCCGCGGCCUGCGCGAGGCGUGCCCGGCCAUCACGGUCUACGACAACACGGCCGCCGUGCCACACCUGGCGCCCCGGCGUGCCGAGCCGCUUGAGCCCAAGGCCCUGGGCCUCCGCGGCGGGUGCGACCACCGCGACGUGAACAGGCACACCGACAUGUUCCGGACGCGCUUCGAUGCGCUGCUCGCCGAAACGGCCGCCGACUUCCACCUGCCGCCGGUGAGUGCGGUGCAUCCGCGCCUGUUUCAGCCGGUAUGGGGUGUGCAGUGGGAGUGGCCCGUCGCCAAGGACGGCCCGGCGCUUGCCAACACCUUUGGCGGGCUGCUUCGGUUCCGCCGCGACCUUCUCCAGCUCGGCGACGCGGUGGCGGCGGCCAUGGCGAAGACGGGCGGCGCCCAGUUUGCCGGCGUCCACCUCCGCACCGAGAGCGACGCGCUGGCGUUUUGGCCGACCUUCGAGACCCAGACCAGCGCGUUUCUCAAGACGCUCUUGGCGGAGCGCACGCACGCCGUCUACCUCGCCACGGGCAACGCCACCGAGGCCGCCAAGUUUGCCGAGCGCGCCCGCGAACAGGGCAUCCGCGUGGUCACCAAGGACGCCCUUCUCGACCGGCAGCCGACGCUGGCGCAGCAGCUGCCCGCCCUCACAUGGGACCAGCAGGCCGUCGUCGACUUUGUUGUCCUUGUCCGCAGCGCCUUCUUUCUCGGCGUGAGCCCCAGCUCCUUCAGCAUGACCAUUGCCGCCAAGCGGCAUCUUCGUGCGGACACGCAGACGGACGGCGUCUACGCGCGACCAUGGCCGGUCAACGAACGUGGCGAUGCACGCAGCCGUCUCGUGGGCAACUACACAAGCUACUGGGACGACUGGUUGUUCAUGCUCGGAAGCACGCCCGUGUACGCCGUGCCGCUCGGCGGCUCCAUGCCGUACAUGUAG